ACUCAAUCCAUCAAAGCUGUAACACUUCAACCCACCCUUGAAAGUUGAAACGGUGGAAUGGAAGCAGCCAUGGAGGUUGCAUUGCACCGAGAAGAAUGGUAAUGGAGGACCGAAAUUGACUAAGAUCAGUCGGAAAAUGGCGGAGGGGGAGCCAUUGUGCUUGGACUGCCUUCGACGUCGAAUCCAAUUGGAUUCCUCUGAUCGACUUGUUUUCUGCUAUGCUCUUUCCGAUUCCGCCUUCCCCGUCGCCUCCACCGCCGUCGUUCAGACAGCCAAUGAUUCAAUUUCACCUCCAUUGAAUCGCUUUCUCCUUACAUACCUCAAUACUCAUUGCUUUGUUAAUUACGUAGAUGAAUUUAUCCAAAACCAGCAAGAAUAUUUUGAUAGGAAAAGGGAAGCUGAGCCUGACGUCACAUGGCUGCAGAGUGGUUCAUGUGCUCAUUCGGGUAAGUUCUCUUGUGCAAGGAUAAUCACGGCAUUGGCGCCUCUUGUUCAUGUUACUAGCUAUACCUCUGGCUCUGUUUUUGAUGACCUUCUUUCCAACUCUUCCUAUCUUUACCUUGAAGAUCAUAUUUUGUGUUCUCUUAGUCUUUUCCUUGAAGGGAAAGCUUCUGGUCGAGAUAGUCUCAAUUUUCUUGCUUUAUUAGGGGUGCCCUCUUUCGAGUAUACUGACUUUCCAGGUUCUUUAAGGCAUCCAAACAUAGCUCCUGUUGUUGCAAUGGUGAAAUGUCAUGGUUAUGUUAACUUACUUGUUCCCAAAACUCCCUUUUCCCUGGAGAACAUCUUCCAUUACAGCCCCAAUGCUUUGAACUCUGAGUGGCAUAUCAACUUUCUCAUUUAUCAGCUGCUCUCAGCUUUAGCUUACGUCCAUGGUUUGGGGGUAGCCCAUGGUAAUAUAACCCCAUCUAGUGUAAUGCUGACUGAAUCAUGCUGGGCGUGGUUGCGCAUAUGUGAUGAGCCUGGCUGGUUAGGAUUCAAUUCAAGUUCAAAAGAUGAUGCAUCCACUAUUACCACGGAAAAAUUGGGAUGCUGUUUAGAGGGUUGUCCUUCUCAAGGUCUUUAUGCUGACUUGAAGCUUUCCCCUUGUGUUGACUGGCAACGUGAUUUCAACUUGUGGUGGAGGGGAGAGAUGAGUAAUUUCGAGUAUCUACUUGUGUUGAAUAGAUUAGCUGGGAGAAGGUGGGGUGAUUACUCGUUUCAUACAGUGAUGCCAUGGGUAAUAGAUUUCAACACGAAACCAGAUGAGAAUUCUGAUGCUGGGUGGCGUGACUUGAGCAAGAGUAAGUGGCGCUUGGCUAAAGGUGACGAACAAUUGGAUUUCACCUAUUCAUCCUCCGAGAUCCCUCAUCAUGUAUCUGAUGAGUGUCUUUCUGAAUUGGCUGUCUGCAGUUACAAAGCAAGGAGAUUGCCUUUAAGUGUUCUGCGUAUGACUGUUCGCUCUGUUUAUGAACCUAAUGAAUACCCUUCUACUAUGCAAAGACUCUACCAGUGGACCCCUGAUGAGUGCAUUCCUGAAUUUUACUGUGAUCCCCAAAUAUUCUGUUCCCUACAUGCUGGGAUGACAGAUUUGGCUGUCCCCUCUUGGGCAGGUAGUGCAGGAGAGUUCAUUAAAUUGCAUCGUGAUGCUUUAGAAAGUCAUCGAGUCUCACGCCAACUCCAUCAUUGGAUUGAUAUUAUGUUUGGUUACAAAAUGUCUGGGCAAGCAGCUGUUGCUGCAAAGAAUGUAAUGCUUCCUUCAUCAGAGCCCAUGUUGCCAAGAUCAGUGGGACGCCGUCAACUCUUUACACGAUCACAUCCUAUGCGUCGGGGUUCUGUGAGGAAGCCAAGUGAUGGUACCAAUGAAUCAACUAUACAUCAGUGUGAUGUGAACGAAUCAAGAAGUGAGACUUCCUUACUCUCUGAAGUGGAUUCUUUACAAGAAUUGGAAGAAGCAUCUGCAUUUGUGGAACAUGCUAGGCAUUUGAGUGCUCUGUAUGGGACUCAUUCAAAAUAUUAUGAUAAGAAUGUUUCUUCUAGGGAACAUCGUCUGAACGAUGACUUUAGGAAACAUACAUACCAGCAAUCCAAUUCUGGGAAACACUGUGGAUUCCCAUUUUCUAUUGAUACAAGUUAUCUUCUUGAGUAUCUUGAGGUAGGAGAUGAAUAUUCUGUGGGCUAUCAAGAGUUGCUGCUUUGGGCUCAGAAAUCGUUUUGUUCAAUGUGCCCAUCUGUAGAAAUUGCAAAGGACAUAUUUUCUGUUGGCUGUAUAUUAGCAGAACUUCAUUUGGGAAAGCCACUCUUUGAUUCAACUUCAAUGGCCAUGUACUCAGAAACUGGUGUCUUACCUAAAUUAAUGCUGGAACUUCCUCCUCAUGCUAGAGUACUUGUUCAAGCGUGCAUCGAGAAAGACUGGACAAGGCGGCCAUCAGCCAAAUGUCUUUUGGAAUCACCAUUUUUUCCUGCAACAAUCAAGACCUCGUACUUAUUUCUUGCUCCCCUCCAACUUCUAGCUAAACAUGGAUCCUGUCUACAGUAUGCUGCAACUUUUGCUAUGCAAGGUGCCCUUAAGGCAAUGGGACCACUAGCAGCUGAAUUGUCUGCUCCUUAUUGCCUAUCACUUGUAGUGGCUCCUUUAUCAGAUGUAGAAGCAGAAUGGGCUUAUACACUUCUAAAGGAAUUAAUUAAAUGCCUGAAGCCUAAAUCAGUGAAGAAAAUGAUUUUGCCUGCCAUCCAAAAGAUAUUACAGACUACAGGUUAUUCACAUCUGAAGGUUUCACUUCUACAAAACUCUUUAAUGCGUGAGAUUUGGAAUCAGGUUGGCAGACAAACUUAUCUAGAUAUGAUACAUCCUUUGGUUGUAUCAAACUUGCAUGGAGCUUCUCAUAAGAGUUCGGCAGCAGCUGCUGCUGUACUGCUAAUUGGUUCCAGUGAAGAGCUUGGUGUACCUAUAACCAUUCGUCAGACGAGCUUGCCUCUGAUUCACUGCUUUGGGAAAGGACUCUGUAGUGAUGGAAUUGAUGUGCUGGUUAGAAUUGGGAGUCUUUUAGGGGAGACCUUCAUUGUCAGACAGAUGAUGCCACUGCUAAAACAUGUUGUUCAUUCCUCCAUUAGCAUUUCAAAUAUGGAAAAACCAGAGCCUGUGCAGAGCUGGAGCGCUUUAGCUCUUAUUGAUUGUUUGAUGACAAUCUCUGGCCUGGUUGUAUUCUUGCCAAAGGAGGUGGUUACAAAGGAGCUAAUUGAAGAUCAAAAUUGCUUGCAUGUUUUAGUUCUUAUGCAGACUGGGUUGGAAAUUGGAGUGCUUCAGGUUGCUGCUACGACUCUGAUAUCAAUUUGUCAGCAAAUUGGACCAGAAUUGACAGCUUUGCAUAUCUUGCCGCAGCUCAAAGAACUAUUUGAUGAGCUUGCUUUCUCACAGGAGACUAUAUCUUCUUCUUUAGCCAGAAACUUUAAGGUUUCCAAACAGAAAAUUGAGGGUGAGGCUCAGAUUGACAGCCGUAUGGACCUUGUGUUGCUUCUGUAUCCUUCUUUUGCAUCUCUUUUAGGGAUAGAGAAACUUCGUCAAUGUUGUACAACUUGGUUGCUUCUAGAGCAGUAUCUUCUGCGGUACCACAGUUGGAAGUGGGAAUAUACAGGAGAAUUGACAAGAAGUGGUUCUGAAUCUAUAGUAUCUAGGAGGCCUGUGUUCAGCAAGGGUUCAGCUUCUGAAUACCAUCCUGCUAAGCUGUUGCUUAAUGGGGUUGGGUGGUCAAUUCCACAGUCACAGGGAAGUAGAGGCACCAAGAACUCAAUGCCUCAAAGAAGGAUUUCCGAAGUUAUUCCAAAGAAUCCAAUUGGCAUGCACGCAGCAUCUUCAAACUUAGAUAAGUUUGAACCCUGGUUUUGGUUCCCUAAAGCAGCUGCUAGCUGGGAUGGGCCUGAUUUCCUUGGUCGUGUUGGAGGGCUAAAAGAUGAACAUCCAUGGAAGAUCAGAGCAUCUAUUAUAUACUCUACUCGAGCACAUCAAGGGGCCAUAAGAUCUUUAGCUGUCUGUCGAGAUGAAUCUAUGGUCUUUACUGCUGGAAUUGGUGCAGGGUUUAAAGGAACAGUUCAGAAAUGGGAAUUGACAAGAGUUAAUUCAUUGUCCAGCUAUUAUGGUCACGAGGAGGUUGUGAAUGACAUUUGUAUCCUAUCAUCUACGGGAAGAGUGGCAUCCUGUGAUGGAACUAUACAUGUUUGGAAUAGCCGUACUGGGAAACUUAUAUAUUUGUUUGCUGAAUCAUCGGAUUCCACACACCUUGCUAGUCAUUUAUCCUCUUCCUCAACGAUCAAUCCUGAGCAGGCAAAUAUGCUGAGUUCCAGUACAUUGUCUGGAGGAUUAUUGACUAAUGCAUUUGAUGGUUCCCUGUAUACUUGUAUGCAUCAAAUAGAUUUUGAUGAUAAGCUUAUCGUUGGCACAGGAAAUGGUUCUCUAAGGUUCAUAGAUGUAGCCCGUGGUCAAAAGCUUCAUCUUUGGAGGGGAGAAUAUGUGGAGUCUGGAUUUCCUUCUCUUGUCUCUUCAAUAUGUUCAUGUGGAUCAGACAAAAUGAAAAUGUACGGAGCUUCUCCUUCACCAUCUUGGAUUGCUACAGGACUAAGUUCAGGUCAUUGUAGGUUAUUUGAUGCAAGGAGUGGAAAUGUUAUUGCCUCUUGGAAAGCUCAUGACGGAUAUGUGACAAAAUUAGCUGCACCAGAGGACUAUUUGCUCGUCACCAGCUCUCUUGAUAGGACUUUACGAAUAUGGGACUUGAGAAGAGAUUAUGGAUCUCAGCCUACAAUUUUCAGAGGUCAUACAGAUGGUAUAUCUAGCUUUUCGGUGUGGGGCCAAGACAUCAUUUCGAUAUCAAGAAACAAGAUUGGUCUUUCUUCUUUGUCAAAAUCUGCAGAUGAAGAUGGAAGGUAUCGAAUUACACCUCAAAAUCUAUACAUGGCAGAACAAGGAACAAGAAACAUAUCCAUGUUAUCCAGUAUUAGUAUAAUACCUUUCUCUCGACUGUUCGUUGUUGGAGCCGAAGAUGGAUACCUAAGAAUUUGUUGUUGAUGGGAUUUGUAACUCUGCUUAAAUGUUUUCACCAAAUGAAAUGAGGGUUUUGUGUUACCACUUUCGUAAUUUGUGUCGUGUACAGUUGAGUUUCGCCAAAUAAGAAUGACCUUGUUUGGGGGGUGGGGGGUUUGUAUUGAUACCAUUAUGUUUGAAUUACUUGAUAUUAAUAUCAACCCAUGUAAAUUGAUAUAACUCUGAUUGAUUGCCCUGAUAUAUUUUCACACA